UCCGCUCGCCCGCCCCGGCGGUACCCGGCUGCCGAGGUGAAAGGAGGCGGCUUCACGGGGCGCGGGGGAGAGAGCAGGCCUCGGGGUGAACCCCGGGCCCCCCAGCAACACGCACGCACACACCCUUCCCUCCCGCCCGGUGGGGAAGGGAGGAGGCCGCCGCUGUCACCACUCCGCGGCUCGGAGAAAGGAGGGCGCCGGCCCCGGAGAGCGCGGGCCGCUUGGCCCCUGCUGUGGGCGGACGCGGGCCGCGCCGAGGGCCCACGAAGCCUCCCAUCACCAACAGCAGGCAGCACAGAACAGCUUGCUGCCUCUUCUGAGCUCUGCUGUGGAGCCUCCUGAUCAAAAACCAUUGCUUCCAAUACCAAUAACUCAGAAACCUCAGGCUGCACCAGAAACAUUAAAGGAUGCCAUUGGGAUUAAAAAAGAAAAACCCAAAACUUCUUUUGUGUGCACUUACUGCAGUAAAGCUUUCAGGGACAGCUAUCACCUGAGGCGCCAUGAGUCCUGCCACACAGGGAUCAAGUUGGUGUCCCGGUCAAAGAAAACCCCCACCACAGUGGUUCCCCUUAUCUCAACCAUGGCUGGGGACAGCAGCCGAACUUCGUUGGUCUCAACCAUUGCAGGCAUCUUGUCAACAGUCACUACAUCCUCCUCAGGCACCAACCCCAGCAGCAGUGCAAGUACCACAGCUAUGCCUGUGACCCAGUCUGUCAAGAAACCCAGUAAGCCUGUCAAGAAGAAUCAUGCUUGUGAGAUGUGUGGGAAGGCCUUCCGAGACGUGUACCACCUCAAUCGGCACAAGCUCUCCCAUUCAGAUGAAAAGCCCUUCGAGUGUCCUAUUUGUAAUCAGCGCUUCAAGAGGAAGGACCGGAUGACUUAUCAUGUGAGGUCUCAUGAAGGAGGCAUCACCAAACCCUACACUUGCAGUGUUUGUGGGAAAGGCUUCUCGAGGCCUGACCACUUAAGCUGUCACGUAAAACAUGUCCAUUCAACAGAAAGACCCUUCAAAUGCCAAUUUUCCUCCCUCAUGCAGACGUGCACUGCUGCCUUUGCCACCAAAGACAGACUACGGACACACAUGGUGCGCCACGAAGGCAAGGUAUCGUGUAACAUCUGUGGGAAGCUCCUGAGUGCAGCAUACAUCACCAGCCACUUAAAGACACAUGGGCAGAGCCAAAGUAUCAACUGUAAUACAUGUAAACAAGGCAUCAGUAAAACAUGCAUGAGUGAAGAGACCAGCAGUCAGAAGCAACAGCAGCAGCAACAGCAGCAGCAGCAGCAGCAACAGCAGCAGCAGCAGCAGCAGCAGCAGCAGCAGCAUGUGUCAAGCUGGCCAGGGAAGCAGGUGGAGACCCUGAGACUGUGGGAAGAAGCUGUUAAAGCAAGGAAGAAAGAAGCUGCUAACCUGUGCCAAACCUCCACGGCUGCUACGACACCUGUGACUCUCACUACUCCAUUCAAUAUAACAUCCUCUGUGUCGUCUGGGACAAUGUCAAACCCAGUCACAGUGGCAGCUGCAAUGAGCAUGAGGAGUCCAGUAAAUGUUUCAAGUGCAGUUAAUAUAACCAGCCCAAUGAACAUAGGGCAUCCUGUAACUAUAACCAGUCCAUUAUCCAUGACCUCUCCUUUAACACUCACUACCCCAGUAAACCUCCCCACCCCUGUCACUGCCCCAGUGAAUAUAGCACACCCUGUCACAAUCACAUCUCCAAUGAACCUGCCUACUCCUAUGACAUUAGCUGCCCCUCUCAAUAUAGCAAUGAGGCCUGUAGAAAGCAUGCCUUUCUUGCCCCAAGCUUUGCCUACAUCACCCCCUUGGUAAACAGUAUUAUAUCAAAUAUGGGUUAAAGUAAAUAUUUACCAGCAACUUAUUUUAGUUGAUAAAAGCAAAUCACGAAAUUGGGAGAUUUUAUGACAUUAGUUCAUAAGAAUAUAGUAGCAUUUUCCUCCGAUUUGGCUGGGAUUGUUCAAAAUAGGGUGUAUAUGUAACAUCACUGGACCACUUUGGUUUAAUCAGAAAUUCCUUUUAGCUGACAACAUUGCUUAAACAGGAUAGUAGUUGGCAAGAUGAAAUGCCAGAAUUAAAACCAAUCAUUGAAAGCAAAAUCCAUUUCCCAUUUCAAAACUUUUAAAUUAGUGUUAUUGUUUCUAAUCCCAAGAAAUCAUUUUAUUCUAAACACUAGCAGGACCCUAUACAAGGUGGAUGGCUGAUUUUAACCUGAAAUUCUAAAUCCACAGGUGGAGAGCUAGUGUAGAAUUGUCUGUGUUUAUUGUUUUUAUGAGUGAAUACAUGCAUUGUCAUAAUAAAAUGCAUUUCAGAGAAUAUGCAUUUUACCUUUGGGAAUAUGUUAAUUUCAGGCAGCAUUCCCUAUGGGAAAGGUGAUACCAGCUCUGAUAUGCAAAGCAUAUGAUAAUUUAUCAUUCUAACUUCAACAUAUAAUAGGGACUGUGACCUGAUAUUUGGAGAUGUAAAUAUUGCUCAGCAUAUUAAUCCUGAUGGAAUAUAGCAUUGUAGUUGACUUUUUAAAAAAAUUUUUAAAAAAUAUACAAAUUGUGUUUUGGUAGGGAAAGGCCGCCAUUGACAGAGGAGAAGUCAAAUGUGCGAACAGGCAGGUUUCUAACAAUUGGAGGUUAGUGGGACUCCUGUGUAGGAGCUAAGGAGUACUUUGGAACAGUUCAAAUACAUUGCUUUAAAUUAGAAGACGCUGGAGGCACUGGGAUGUGAAAUGCCCCUCUCUCCCAAUCAGAGCCUGUUGAUGUUACAACAGGGACAGAUGUUUUAGAUGCUCACUAGAGUUUAUGUCUUAUAUUAAAUUGUAUACAGUUUUUAUUCUAACCACUAACUAGGUAGUAUGCCCCUUAAGAACAAGCAGAGUGUAUCUUUUUUUCUUCUUCCAUUUAAUCAAGUAUUGUGCAGAUUUAUUCAACUUUGUAAAUAUGGACAUCACUUUUUUUUUCUUUGAGAAAACACUCGUAUCAGCUUUGUGGUGUUUUCAGGGAGACAGCUGUCUGCACUCUGUAGAAACUAAGCAAUGGUUAUGCACGUUAAGACAUGUGCUUUUUAUUUCUUAGCAGUAUGUUUUCUCUCUGUACAUAAAGUAGAAACCAAAAGCUCCGGAAACAGAUACUCUAUACCAUCAUGCCACACAUUAAUGUUUUUAAAACAUUGUGUUAAAAAAGUUAAAACCAAGAGCUGAGAUUUUUUUUUUAAGUUGCAAUAUGUUUUUGGUUUUAUCAUGUUUUAAUCUUACAGUCAAGAGAAAUGGAAAUUAGUUGUGUUAAUCCUGCAGAAUGUUUGCAGGACUAUCAAACUGAGACUUCCAUUUAUACUCCACUGUGUCGGUUCAAGCAUCAAAAAACCGUGCAUCUGAGGCAGACUUCCUACAUCAGGGAUAGGUAUCUGUAUGUCAUUAUACAAAACAGUUCUAGGGGGUUGAACUACAUAGUAAAAAAAAUAGUAUCUAGUGUAAAAUAAUUUUAUAAAUGAUCUUUUGUACUUUAGGACAUUAAAUUGUACAACUUUUGUAUAUAUAAAAGCUUAGGAACUUUCUGUUUAGCAGGAAGGCAACACAUUCCUACACUUUUAAUGUAUAUGUUUGUUAUAAUGUCCAUGUAAACAUGCCCUAUGUUUGUGCCUUUUAAUUAGUUUGUCUCAAUAAACAAAAUGUAGAGAAAAAUAUGUAGCUAUGGCUUUGUUACAACUGUUCUUAUCCAUAGUACAAAAAUGGUUUGUUUUUAAUAUGUAGAGCAUUAUGUGUGGACUACUGGAAGGAUUUAUAUAGAAAAGGCCCAAGAACGGCCCUGCUGAGGCCUGGAUUAGGAGGGAGUGACCACAUUUGGAGGAAGCCUGCAUUUGCUGGUAUGCAGACCAGGACUCCGUUCUGGGUCCGCCUGCAAGGAUGUUAUUUCUGGUCAGCUGGCAGUCUCAGUCCUCCAUGGUUCAGCAGACCAGGUUUCCUCCACAGUGGUCCAAGGAGCAAUCCUCAGUGGGGGCAGGUAUGGGCCCCACCCCCAGGCUAGAGUGUGGUUGUCAGAAUCCUGAAAAUACUAGUUCUUUUUAAAAAAAGAUAUAAGAAAUAAUUGUUUUAUCAAUUCAUUGUAUAAUAAACAGGAGUGAGACUUCAUUGUAUGACUUUAGUUAAAAUGCUAUUUUAUAUGCAUUCUUUAUUCACUUAAGAAGCUUGUCUGCAAUAAUAAAGUCACGUUGUAGCUUCUUUUGGGAGGGAGAGAGUUGAUGGCAGGAUGAGGCUGAGGGUGGACCACGGCAGAGGUCAAAUGAGUUGUAUGGUAAAACUCCUGUGUCUUGGAGCUGGAAAUGAGUUGUGAUGCUGAUGAACUGAUUCAACCAGGUGUAUGAAGGCACGACGGUCACUGCUCUACAGAAAGGCAAAGUAUGUAUUUCCCUUCUGAUUGUAACCUGGUUGAGAACUUUCCCUUUAUCAGAUUGGCAGCUGAAUGGUUGUAUUAGAUAAUCCUUAAAUCUGACAUCCAGCCCGUUGUGCUCUAGGGCUUGCUGCUUGGCCUGCACUUGCCUUUUAUUGUGUAUCCAUUUCCUUCCUAAGGUGUGCUCCUAAAUGAAGGUUUCUAUGUAAGCAGAUGAUGAUUUUACCUGUCAAUACCAGCACUGUAUUACUAACAUGCAAAAUCCUGCAGAUUUAUUUUGACAAAUUAAAGUUAACCAGUCACAAA